UGACGCCUAAAUGAAGUAGUCAGCCCCUUCUUCACUUCAGAGUUGGUGGGGCAUGCUGGGCUUCGUGUGCCAAUCUCUGCAAGUGGUUCCAUUCCUGUGAGGUUUUCAUUUUUUUUUUUGGGUGGGGUGGUGUGGCUCCACUCUGACUGAUUGCAAUAUGAUGAAUUCAGAGAAUGUACUGAUACGGAGCCUGCUGGCUGUGGUAAUCGCCUUGAGUCAAGCAAAGCCAAAUGCUAAAAGCCACAGCCAAGUGGUUUAAAAGCUGACUGUGUGGGUAAUCUGAUGAGGCUCUCUUUGGAUAAAGCCCUGGCUGUAGGGAACCAACUAGAAGUGGAGGCCAUCAAUGGUACCCAACACAUCGCGCUAACACCCGUCUUGGCUGCUCAGUGUGGCUACAGCAUGGAGUCUGACCCGUGGGGCAACACCAGAAUCUACACAUCACUGAUGGGCUGCUAUGUGAACAACAAAGAUGAUGCAACCUUCACUGUUGGCCUCAGACUGCAAAUGUACAGCAAUAAACCCUCAGAUGUGGUCACCCAUAAUGUAAUGAGGACUUGCAGCUACACCCGCUGGGCCACCAGAGAGAUUCUUUGUGACAGAACCUACAUGGAAGUGUCAAACUACAUGCCCCCACCUGUUAAGGAUACCCAGGGUGACGAAUAUUUGAGGAAUGCUGACCCUAGUGCCACUGAUGAGUCUGGUAUCUGGAAGAUGACCUUCUACACGCCUGAGCCAGUAGUGAUGAUGAAGGGUGAGGCUGAACAGGCUGGCUACCAAGCCAUGACCACUGCACACCGCCUUGUUGUACGAAGCCCCUACAGUACAGCAGAAACUUAUCCUGAAGAUGUGGCCGGAGUCCCAAUGGAGGUUUUCAAGGUUAGCACCUACCACACGUCACCUGAAGGUGUCACAGUCAUGAACAUGGUGGCUGCUUGCCCUACAGGUGGCGUCCUCUUUACUGAAGACGUGAUUUCUUGGCACGUCCCCCGCCGUGUGACUCCCCUUCAGGACGGCAGCGUGAAGAUUCUAGAGAUGUACAUGGGCAUCAAUGGACAGCGUCUGGAUCGGCGUCAGAUGGCCGCACGUGGCUACGCUUUGUCCGCUACAGACUUCCACAUUGUCGUUGAGAUCCCCGUGGGUUCUCCUGAUGGCUACAACAAGAGCCAUGCCCCAGAUUACCAGUACCACAUCACCUACACAGUCGAGCCCAUGCUUGAAGUCAUGUGGCGGGCUGAGCGAAGCCAUGAAGAUACCAGAUAUAAAAUCCUGUUCCCCAUCACCACACCUCUUAUGCCCAGGCCACCCCAAGCUGUUGACUUUACUAAUGCAGAGGAGAGAUUGUUCGGCAUCCACGUGGGCACCUUCCUGGAUGAUGUGGAGCUGAAGAACAUCACGUUCUCUACUGGCACAUCCACUCUGGAAGAGUGCGUCGCAAAAGGCUUCAUUGUACAAGAGCACAGACAUCCUGGUGGUCUGAAGAGCUUCUCUCUGAAAGUUCCCUUUGUUGCCACUGAAGUCCUCAAACAUAAUCCCGAGCCCUUGGUGACAACCUACACACUUGCUCUCGUCUUUGGGUUCUUGAUUCAUCCAGAAGAAACGGCUUUUGCUCAUCCCGUGGAAUUUACUGCCUCUCUGCAGGAUGUUGUACUCCCCACCAUCAAAGGCACUUGUGAUCAGCAUUUGUUCUACAUUGAAGUGACAUUUGGAAAUCAAGGCAAAAACUUUGAGACUCUGAUUGAAUACAAGCCACUGACCCCUGAGCUGGAACAAGAGUUCAGAUUGCAAGAGAAUGAGACCCACCUUACCCUUGUGGUUCCUUUUACUGCCAAACAGACGGCAUUUGAGCGCAUAACCGCUGAUUCAAUCAGGGCAAGACUUGACAUACUACUUUGGGAGAUGACCAAUAAUUGGAUGCUUGCUGAUUUCUUCCUGUCUUGCAACUUCCCCUUGAGAACUACAAUGUGCUAUCCCAAUGGAACAAUAACGGCUCUGGCUGCCAAAGUGGAGUCUGUUCCCAACCUCAUCCCCGGUUGGCUCACCCUCAAGGACAAGUCCUGUAAGCCAUUCUUCAGUGAUGACCGCUUCGCCUAUUUCUCAUUCGGCGUCGAUAGCUGUGGAACCACAAGAACUUUCUUUGACAACUACAUGAUUUACCAGAAUGAGAUUGGCCACUAUUAUACCAACAGAGGCAAUACCUACGCAUCACCUAAUGAUCCUGAGUAUAGGCAAACUGUGUCCUGCUACUACAUGAUAAAUGACACUCGGACUGUUAAGUUCGGCUACAAAUCCCACAGCACUUACCCCUCAGCUGAGAUUGGAAUUGGACAACUUGAUGUCCAAAUGAGGCUGGCUCAGGACUCCUCCUAUAGUUACUUCUACCAAGCUGAAGAUUACCCAGUAGUGACAUACCUCAGGCAGCCUCUGUACUUUGAGGUGGCGCUGACUCGUUCUAAUGAUCCUUCACUGGAGCUCAUCUUGGAAAGCUGCUGGGCCACUGCUUAUGAAGACUCAAGUUCUCAGCCCAGUUGGGAUGUCAUUGUGAACACUUGUGAGAACAAAGAGGACAGCCAUGUUACACUCUUCCAUCCUGUCACGGCUGAUGCCAGGGUCAACAUCCCAUCCCACUUCAAGCGUUUCUCUAUAAACAUGUUCACCUUUACCAAAGAUGAUGUGAUUCUUAAAGAUGAGAUCUACAUCCACUGUAAAGCAAUGGUAUGUGACAUAAACGACACAUCAGAAGAUAUCUGCAGAGGUCAGUGUCCACGUCGCAGUCCUGGCAUUUCUGGAUUCCAAGGGAUCAAAGGAUUGAAAACACAAAGCGCAGACUCGAGACAGCCAAGGAGGAUCUCAACUGGUCCUGUUCACCUCUUUAGCUCUAAAUAAAGAUUCUUAAACAAAG